UGAACAACUGCAUCGGGCGGCGGAACUAUCGAUUCUUUUUCUUCUUUUUAAUCUCGCUCUCGAUACAUAUGCUAAGCAUAUUCGGCUUCAGCCUGUACUUCGUUAUGUAUAACAAGAACCUCACGCAGGUUGAGCCUAUCGUCUCUAUGGUGAUAAUGGGUGUAAUAGUUCUAUUAGCUAUUCCCAUAUUCGGUUUGACGGGGUUCCAUAUGGUGUUGGUGUCACGUGGACGCACCACCAACGAGCAGGUGACGGGCAAGUUCACCGGCGGCUACAACCCUUUCUCCAAGGGAUGCUGGUACAACUGUUGUUAUACGCAGUUCGGACCACAAUAUCCUAGUCUGGUCCGACCAUCGAAGUAUAUCUACAAGGGCGGCAAGAAGCGCCGCGACCCCGGCAUCGUGGGGCAGUCGGCGUCCGCUAUAUCGACCAUAGCGACCGACACGCACCAGGUAAAGACGUACACGGCGGACAACGGCAGUGCGCACCGGGCGGUCGGCGCGCACGCGCACUACAACAAGCUGUCGCCGGGUCGUGAGGAGCACGAGCACGAGGGUGAGCUGGAGGGUCCCGGAGCGUCGCAGAGUGCUGAUUGCGAGCCGACACCGCCGCCGCUGCAGCGCCGCGGCUCGGCUGCUAAUCUGUUCCCGCCGCCAGAGAGACAACCGCGCCCGCAUCACUACCCCCGACUUAGUCCACUGCCCAGGAACACCGGUCACGGUACGACGACGUCUGGCUACCGGGUGGUGAUGGAGCCAUUGCGGUAUGAGACGGGAGCGAACGGUGCGCGGCCCUCGCCCACCAUGCAGCAGCGCAUCAAGGCGCUCGGUGUGCCCACACCACUAGCAGUCAGCAGCCCUGUUAGAAGGUACAUAAUUAUACUUCUACCAUACAUCGUACAUACAUCAUUCUACAUACACUUGAACGAAUGCUCAAUUGAACUCUGUCAAGUAUUAAAAUAUUGAAUCACUCAUUUUUGUACUCUCAAGGUUAUUUGACCCGAUGGGUAUAAGUCAAAUUAUAUUAUGACUACUCACUAGCGCCCUCAUGUCAAAGACAAAAGUCACAAGAUCCUCUUUACUAUAGUUGUCAUGUCAUUUUUUAUGUGUAAGUAGGUUUUAUAUAUUCUGUCAGAAUCAACCGCGAUACUAGCGCCCCUCACCGGUUCAGAUAUUCUUGUUUGUAUCAAGUAUCAAGAAGGUUGAGA